GGAAUGUGAUUUCUUUUUAAACAUUUACUGCUUCUGUGGCUCUAUUACCCUCCCACCAAACGACAGCCAAUCGUGUUCUGUCAACCAUUGUGGAAGAGAAAAUAAGUAUUUAAUUGGGCACUCGAGCAUAAACUAAAUGCGUACCGUCAACUGGAGAGAGUGAAUUGAAGAAACUACAUCAUGGACUACGUUAUUACAAAGUAGUAGCCAACACACUUGGAGAAAUGCGGAGAACACUUCAUGAUGGUCAUUUUUUGUUUGAUUAAACAAUAAGCCUUCGUAUGCUGGUAUUAUGAAUAUUAGUACUUUUCUAAAACAUGGGAACCCAGAUGGACUGCUGCUCCAGCCGCUGUGGGAUGAUCUGCGAGCACAACGGGAGUUCCUCACGUCACCUUUCCUGCCCGCAUGCUUCGCUUUCCUCAUCCACCUUCUCCUCUGCACACCUUUUCUAACCUUUGAAGCGCUGGGAUGUUUCUGGCCACGGAUAAAUCUCUACAGGAUCUCGAGGACCGCUGAACCGUUGCUGUUGUGUUUGCAGCGAUGGGUUGGCUGCUGUUGGAGGAUUUUUCUGAAAUACCUGACAACUGUUCUCCCAGCCACCGCGCUUUAUCAAAGAGUUAGGAUUCCAAGAUUUCCCGAAGUCGCGCCAUCAUGCAGCCUGCUCAUUGGGGAGGUUAUCGCGUGCCUACUUUUAUUUGAUGCGCUGUUCUUUAUAUGGCAUUAUACCAUGCAUCGGGUUCCCUGGCUGUAUCGGAGGGUCCACCAGACUCAUCACCAGAACCGGAUCACCUUCGCCCUGACUGCCCAGGACGCCAGCCCGGCUGAGCUACUCUCCCUGCAGAUGCUGGCCCUGAGCAGUGCCUGGGUGGUGGGCUGCCACCCUCUGAGUGAGGCCCUGUUCCACCUGCUCAACACCUGGCUGGCCAUAGAGGACCACUGUGGCUACGACCUGCCCUGGGCUAUCCAUAGACUACUGCCCUGCUUCGGAGGGGCCCCCUUCCACCAGGCACACCACCACAUCUACAGGGGGAACUAUGCCCCCUACUUCAGGCACUGGGACUGGCUCUGUGGGACCUACCUGGGGGUAAGGGAGGAGGCUGGGAGUAAACAUGGAGGGAGGACAAUGAGGAGAAGGAGAAGAAAGAAGAGCCUUGGAUCUGACUGUGUGUGCGCACAAGCUUGCAUGUGUUAAAAUGAAUGUAAUCUAUGAAGCAAACAAAGAACUGACAUCUUGGGUAGCAUCAUUAGUACAGUGAGUACAGGCUAACACAUGGGUUAUGUGUACUUGUGUUUGUAAAUUACAGGUGGUUAUAUGUUGACUCAAAUUGAAUAUUUGACAAGCAUUAGAUAUAAAGAGACAAUGCUGGUCAUUUGGCUAAAUGUGAGUAUAACUUUAGACUGUCCCCUCGCCCAUACCCGGGCGCGAACCAGGGACCCUCUGCACACAUCAACAACAGUCACCCCUCGAAGCAUCGUUACCCAUCACUCAACAAAAGCCGCGGCCCUUGCAGAGCAAGGGGAACUACUACUUCAAGGUCUCAGAGCAAGUGACGUCAUCGAUUGAAACGCUAUUUAGCGCGCACCGCUAACUAAGCUAGCCGUUUCACAUCCGUUACACUCAGAUGCAAAAAUGUCAUGUCCAACGUUUUGACAGACAAGCUGUCUUCAUCAGGGUAUAAUGACAAACACUGCGGGGUGACUCAUUUAUAUAGUGUCAAAAGACACAUGCAGGUGUCUGUAAUCAUGGCUUGGUGUGGCCUGACAUCAUUGGUUCAUUCUCAUAUAUUAAAAUAGCAUACAAAAAUCAUAAAUGGAUAGCGUAUGAUCAUAGAUACAAUUUGGCUACAUAAGCCUACAAACAUUUACAGUAGCAAAAUCACAAUAAUCACAAGAAUGGCUUCAGAUCAAAGUCUACGUUGAGACCAAAGGGAGCAAGGGUCUUUAUAUCAAAGAUCCAGGCAGCCUCUCGUUUUAACAAAACAAAAACAAAAAUUUCACCUUUAUUUAACCAGGUAGGCUAGUUGAGAACAAGUUCUCAUUUGCAACUGCGACCUGGCCAAGAUAAAGCAUAGCAGUGUGAACAGACAACACAGAGUUACACAUGGAGUAAACAAUUAACAAGUCAAUAACACAGUAGAAAAAAAGAGAGUAUAUAUACAUUGUGUGCAAAAGGCAUGAGGAUAGGCGAAUAAUUGGUCAUGUACAGGUAGAGAUGGUCAUGUACAGGUAGAGAUAUUGGUGUGCAAAAGAGCAGAGAAGUAAAUAAAUAAAAACAGUAUGGGGAUGAGGUAGGUAAAAAUGGGUGGGCUAUUUACCGAUAGACUAUGUACAGCUGCAGCGAUCGGUUAGCUGCUCAGAUAGCAGAUGUUUGAAGUUGGUGAGGGAGAUGAAAUUAUCGAGGUCACCCCCUCUCCUAAGGAGGGUGACAUGUUCGAUGCCAAUAUAACGUAGAGACAAAAAAAAUAUUUUACCUUUAUUUAACUAUGCAAGUCAGUUAAGAACAAAUUCUUAUUUUCAAUGAUGGCCUACAAACAGUGUGUUAACUGCCUUGUUCAGGGGCAGAACAACAGAUUUGUACCUUGUCAGCUCAGCGAGUCGAACUUGCAACCUUUCAGUUACUAAUCUAACGCUCUAACCACUAGGCUACGCUGCUGCCCCAAGAUCAAUUUGUUUGCUUCCAAAAAGUGGGUCACAACUGGGUAAGUCAAGUUUUUGCAUCUAACUCGACUUACCCAGUUGCGGCCCACUUUUUGGAAGCAAACCACUCGAUUUGGUCUUAUUGAGUGUAUGUAAACUUCUGACCCACUGGGAAUGUGAUGAAAGAAAUCAAAGAUGAAAUAAAUCAUUCUCCCUAC